CACUCCAGUUAUCCGAAUCCCCGGCACCAGCAGCGAGCGAGCCACGCCGUCGUCCCAUGGCGCUCGCGCUGCGCUGCCCCGCCGCCGCCUCGCCGUCGCCGGCCAGGGGCCCCUUCCCCAACGCCUCCUCCCACUCCCAGUCGGCUGCGAGGCCCGCGAGGAGGCCGGCGGGGGGCUGCAGGUGCCACUACUACCACGGCGACGGCCCCCCAAGGAGCUACGACCACAUCCCCAAGCAGUUCCGCGAGGAGAACCUCAAGGAUGGCCUGAUGGAUAAUUACAAGAAUGUUCCUCAGUUCCUUUAUGGCUUAAGCCCAUCUCAGAUGGAAAUGUUUACAACUGACGACAACCCUUAUAAUCGGCAGUCAAAGAAAGUUACAGAGGAAAGCGUUUCUGCUUUGAGGAGUUAUGAUGAAUUCGGUAUGUACUCCUUAUCAGGCACGCAUGCGGGCCCUGCGAGUUACAGCAUGGGUAUGGGCAUGCCCAGCAUGAGCAUGGGAAGAGCAGGGAAAGGAUAUAGAAGAAUGAGAAGCUCAGCCCCAGAUCUGCCAUCAUUGCUGUUGGACUCCCGAAUUAUAUUUCUUGGAAUGCCAAUUGUUCCAGCUGUAACUGAGCUUAUUGCUGCUCAGUUUCUGUGGCUAGACUAUGAUGACCGCACGAAGCCAAUUUACUUGUAUAUAAACUCAACAGGAACCAUGGAUGAAAAUAACGAGCUGGUCGCAUCUGAAACUGAUGCCUAUGCAAUUGCUGAUUUCAUUAAUAGAAGCAAAGCUAAGGUUUACACCAUCAAUCUUAGCAUGGCGUAUGGUCAGGCUGCAAUGCUUCUUUCCCUGGGGAUGAAGGGUAAAAGAGGAGUGUUACCAAAUUCGAUAACUAAACUGCACCUGCCCAAGGUCCACAAAUCCGGUGGAGCUGCCAUUGAUAUGUGGAUUAAGGCAAAAGAGCUGGAAACCAACACGGACUACUACCUGGAGCUCGUGUCCAAGGGAGUCGGUAAACCGAAGGAAGAGCUCGCGGAGUUCCUGAGAGGCCCGAGGUACUUCCGCGCGCAGGAGGCCAUUGACUACGGGCUCGCGGACACGAUCCUGCACUCGCUGGACGGCUCGUUCAAGCCGAAGGACCUGACGGCGCAGCUGGCCAAGGCGCAGGAGAUGCGGCAGUCUGGGAAGCGCGCACCAGCUGGAGCUGGGCGAUGGUCGACUCCGACCGCUCCCAGAUAGACUAGAAGGCAAAGAUACGCUCAGGCGACUGUGCUGCCACAGGUUGUAGACUUAGAAGAUAUCCGCCUGUUGUCUGGGAUAGAUGAAGCUGAUGAAAACGUUGCACUCGCACUAUACAGCACCCAUAUUUUGCCACCAUCUUGUAUUGUCUGGCAUAUUUCACUAGUGGAAACCCCGAAUUUUUGUCAACUUUGGCUGUGGCAGAUGUGAUAGUGAACCCCGAAUUUCGGAAAAUCUUUUGAAGUUCGAUAUUAUCAGUAA